GAAAGACAGGCCAUGACUAUUGAUUCAAACAAAAAAUACAUCAGUGUCUUUGUUUUGGACACACCCAUAAGCCACGAUAUCUACGCUGAGUUUGGGGAUUUUGGCGAUCAGGGAAUCGAGUUGAUGAAAAGAUCACAGUUUUAUGAUCAGGAAGAGAUUUAUUUCAAAAGAUUUGAUGUUAUCGGGAAAAUUGAGUUGCCAGACUUAGGUGAUGCUGAACAAGUGAAAGAUUUGGAAAAAAACUGCUUGGGAAUUUAUUUGACAGGAUCAAGAAGCGAUAGUUUUACAGAUGAAGAAUGGAUUUUAAGAUUGAGCAAGUUUUUGAGAGAGGUGUUGGAAAAAGACGAUAUUAAAUUGCCAAUUGUCGGGAUUUGUUUUGGACAUCAGAUUAUUGGAAGGAUUCUUGGAUAUAAAAUUGGAAGAAAUUUGAAAGGUUGGGAGAUAGGAGCUACUGUAGUCCAGCUUGGGAAGAAAUUUCAGGAGGUAAUUGGUGAAUUGGAUAGUAGGCAGGAAUUGGUGAUCAAUGAAUCGCACCAAGACGUUGUGUUUAAAGAGUUGGACGGUGAAGGCAGUAAGAACAUAGAAGCGAAUGAUUUUACAAUCAUUGGAACAUCGGAAAUAUGUUCCAAUCAAGGAUUUAUAAGCGAAAAGAAAAAGGUGUUGACCUUUCAGGGACAUCCCGAGUUUUCCAAAGGGUUUAUCCUCAAGAGCUUGUAUGAGAAGUUGGAAAAAAAGGAAAUUGAUGAAGACGUAAUCAAGCAAGCGCUUGAAUCAACCGAGCUGUUGAAAAACGACAAUUUGUUGAUUGCUGAUUUGAUUGUGAAAUUCUUCCUCGAUAACAGCAAAUAAAUGGAGCAAAUUACAAACCAAGAACGCCAAGAGAUGCAGGCACAGGUGGGCGCGUGGGACUUGAGAAAGCGGUAAAACACGUUGGAACGCUGGACCCUGCGUUGUGGAAGCAGAGCGCGCGGGGGAGCUGGCCUCUGGCAGGCCCGUCUGAUGAUGGCUGAUUGCGGGUGCCGC